GGGGCAGCCGGGCGGGGCUCGGGCGGAGCGGAACGGUUGCGGUGGCGUCGGCGGUCCGCAGGACUCUUUGGGCGCGUGGUGCGGAGGGAUACGGUGAUCGGACGGUGGGCCGGCCCGGCAUCAUGGCCUCGGAGCUGGAGAGCCUCAAUCCCGGGCAGCGCAUCAUGACCUUCCGCCCCACCAUGGAGGAGUUCCGCGACUUCAGCCGCUACAUCGCCUACGUGGAGUCGCAGGGCGCCCACCGCGCCGGACUGGCCAAGAUCGUGCCGCCUAAGGAGUGGAAGCCGCGGCAGUGCUACGAUGACAUCGACGAGCUCGUCAUCCCUGCGCCCAUCCAGCAGGUGGUGACGGGGCAGUCCGGGCUCUUCACGCAGUACAACAUCCAGAAGAAGGCCAUGACGGUCCGCGAGUUCCGCAGGAUCGCCAACAGUGACAAGUACUGCACACCCCGCUACACAGACUUUGAAGACCUUGAACGAAAAUACUGGAAGAACCUUACGUUCAAUGCUCCCAUCUACGGGGCUGACGUUAAUGGCACGCUCUACGACAAGCAUGUAGAUGCGUGGAAUAUUGGCAGAUUGAACACAAUCCUGGAUGUUGUGGAGAAUGAAAGUGGCAUAACCAUCGAAGGAGUGAAUACUCCUUACCUAUAUUUUGGAAUGUGGAAAACUUCAUUUGCUUGGCACACUGAGGACAUGGAUCUUUACAGUAUUAAUUACUUGCAUUUUGGGGAACCCAAGUCAUGGUACUCCAUCCCUCCAGAGCAUGGGAAGCGGCUGGAGAGACUUGCGAAAGGAUUUUUUCCAGGAAGUGCCCAAAGCUGUGAAGCAUUUCUUCGUCACAAGAUGACUCUCAUUUCUCCAUCAAUUCUGAAGAAAUACGGAAUUCCAUUUGAUAAGGUGACACAGGAGGCUGGAGAGUUCAUGAUAACCUUUCCUUAUAGCUAUCAUGCUGGCUUUAACCACGGCUUCAACUGUGCUGAAUCUACCAACUUUGCUACUCUUCGCUGGAUUGAGUACGGGAAGCAGUCGGUGCUGUGCUCAUGUCGGAAGGACAUGGUGAAGAUCUCCAUGGAUGUGUUUGUGAGGAAGUACCAGCCAGAUCGUUACAAGCUUUGGAAAGCUGGGAAGGACGUGACUGUCAUUGACCAUGCUCUUCCAACCCCAGAGGCAGCAGAGUUCCUUAAAGGGGAUCUCAUGCAAAAAGUCAAGAAUGGGAAACACUGUGCUGAGGAGAUGGAAACAGAAGAGGCUUGUAAAGAGGAGGUGGAUGGGGAUGAGACAAAAAGCAUCCCCAAGCACCGCAUAGGAACAAAAAGGCACAGGGUCUGCCUGGAAGUGCCUCAGGAGGUGAGUGAGAGUGAGGCCUUCCCUAAGGAGGAGCUGAGCUCCACACAGUAUGAAGCGGAUAUGGCAGAGCCUUGCGAGAGGCCCACAAAUGAAUUUGUGCAGCAAGGUGAACAAAGGCUCAAACUUCCAGAUGGUGUGGAGUCAGCCAAAUUUGAAGAAUUGAAAACGGUGAAGCUUGAGGUGGAAGAAGAACAAGAAGCAGCUGUACUGGAUCUCUCCAUUUCACAUGCUUCAAAUUCCACUUCAGUGUUGCCAGCUUCAAAGCAGAGUGCUACAUCCAGUGUUCAGUCCAGCUCACCUGCCUAUUCUUCAGACUCUGAAUCAUCUGAUCUGUUGGCAAAACAAACUCUUCCUGGGCCAGCCGGGGUGUUCACAGUCCACAGCUAUGCUAAGGGGGAUGCCAGCGGAUCUGACAAUGAACAGACUUCAGGGAAGAAAGCCAGUGCCACCUCCAGUGUCAAUGAGCAAGAACUGACAGAGAUGGGAAAGGAGUAUGUAAGCUCCAUGAAGGAGAGUAAGAAGUCCAAGGGUCGUCGCCAGCCGUUGAGCAAACUCCCACGUCACCACCCACUCCUGGUGAAGGACUGCAUCAGUGAUGAUGAGGCAUCAGAGCAACUAACUCCUGAAGAAGAGGCUGAGGAGACAGAAGCAUGGGCCAAGCCACUGAGCCAGCUGUGGCAGAAUCGGCCACCAAAUUUUGAGGCUGAAAAGGAAUACAAUCGCACCAUGGCCCAGCAGCCCCCAUACUGUGCUGUUUGUAUGCUCUUCCAGGCGUAUCAGGCAGAAUGUGAAGGCAGCAGUCAAAACUCUGGAGUAAUUCCAGCUGUUGUGGAUGGGAAGAUCCGAACUAAACCCCUGAUUCCUGAAAUGUGCUUUACUGCAACUGGCUGCAGCACUGACCUCAAUCUUUCCACUCCCUACCUGGAGGAAGAUGGAACCAGUGUACUCAUCACCUGCAAGAACUGCCAUGUCUGUGUUCAUGCAAGUUGUUAUGGUGUAUCCCCUGAGAAGGCCACUGAAGACUGGAUGUGUUCACGGUGUACAGAAAAUGCGUUGGAAGAGGACUGCUGUUUGUGUUCAUUACGAGGAGGAGCACUGCAGAGAGCCAAUGACGACAAGUGGGUUCAUGUGAUGUGUGCUGUGGCUGUACUGGAGGCAAAAUUUGUGAACAUCGCAGAACGGAGUCCUGUAGAUGUUGGCAAAAUCCCCCUGCAGCGUUUCAGACUGAAAUGCAUCUUCUGCAAGAAGAGGAGAAAGAGAAUUGCAGGUUGCUGUGUACAGUGCUCACAUGGUCGGUGUCCCACAUCCUUUCAUGUCAGCUGUGCCCAAGCAGCAGGAGUCAUGAUGCAGCCUGAUGACUGGCCAUUUGUUGUCUUCAUUACCUGCUUCAGGCAUAAGACCCCAUCUCAGGCAGAGCGAGCCAAGGCUGCACUCCAGGAUCUGUCCCCUGGGCAGAUAGUCAUCAGCAAGCACAAGAAUGGUCGCUUCUAUCAAUGUGAAGUGGUCAGCCUUGCAAAGGAGACUUUCUAUGAGGUCAACUUUGAUGAUGGCUCCUUCAGCGAUAACCUGUACCCAGAGGACAUUGUGAGUCGAGAUUGUCUUCAGUUAGGUCCCCCUGCUGAAGGGGAAGUCGUGCAAGUAAGAUGGACAGAUGGACAAGUUUAUGGAGCCAAGUUUGUUGCAUCACAUGCUAUCCAGAUGUACCAGGUGGAAUUUGAAGAUGGUUCACAGCUGAUGGUGAAAAGGGAUGAUGUAUAUACUCUUGAAGAGGAGCUUCCUAAGAGAGUGAAGUCAAGGCUGUCAAUAGCUUCAGAUAUGCGCUUCACAGAGAUCUUUGAAGAGAAGGAGGUCAGUCAAGAGAGGAAGAGACAAAGAGUGAUCAAUUCACGCUACCGUGAAGAUUAUAUUGAACCUGCCUUGUACCGGGCCAUCAUGGAGUAAACGCUGCCUGUGGCAGAGGAAGAAGAUGCCCAACCUCCCCCAAGGAUUUAAACGUUCCAGUACAACAGGCCAUAUUUGGAUGCUUUGAAUCCAGGGUUUCUUCUGGGGUUUUGUUCUUUUAUAUUUUAAGGAAGCUAAAAAGCUGAUGCUCUGCAGUAGCUGUAAGGCAGCUGUUGGAUAGUGAAAGAGAUCCCAUUUGCUGAAGCUGAUGCCUGCAGAUUGCUGGUCUGAAGUUGGGUCCUUACCAAAUAAGCCAGCUUGGGGAUGCUGCUUUCAUCUUGUUGAGCAGUCUUGCUUUUCCUUUAGAGACAAUUUUGACAGGUGGCAAACUCUUUGGAGAGUUGUUGCUAGGAAUCCUGGCAGCUGCAGAAUAGUGUGGUCUGUUGUUUUAAUUGAAUAAUGUUCCUGAAUUUAGGAGUCUCCCUGGUGACCACACCUGGGCUUGAGCAGGCAGUAUUACUGGUGCUGGAAAUGGAACCUCUUUUAUAUUUAUAUCCAUUUUUUGUCGCAAGCAGCUUCAGUCUCUUGUUUCUCAGCACCUCCUUUCUGUGGUUGGGCUGUAGGAUGUUCAAAUCUGAACAGAAAGGAGGUGCUUGUGUGAACAGGUGAAAUGUGAAAAUGAAUCCUGUAGGACAAAUUAUUUAACCUUCCAUUUAAUAUUUUUGUUCUGAUAGUGCUUUUGACUUACUUAAUCAUAAGUUUAAUUGUUAAUAGUAUGUGCCUCAGAACCAGUGAAAUCUCUCUGGAGCCUUGUGAAGUGCAGCCUUCUAACAAGACUAGGUGUUCAGCUCCCAACAGACAUGCACCUCCCAAAGAGUUUCGUUUGAGUUUCUCUAAGGCAAUAUGACUAAAGGGACAGUCCUAACUCUCCCUUCUUGAAAUCCAAGCAUCACAGUGUUGGGGAUGACAGGGCAGCGGUAUCUGUAGCAGUGCUGUUCUGGGGCAGCACUGUCUAUCGUGUGUCCUCAGGCUUUUGCUUACAGCAGCUAAUACUGGGUCUGAGACAGAUGAAGUAUGCACUGAGCUGUGUGUUAUUACUGAAAGGCUGUGCAGUGCUCUUCUGAAGCAGGAGUGCUACCGUGUUGCUGUCUGGCAAAGGUUACCGUAGCAUUUUUAUAGAAUAUUAGGACACAUCUCAAUUGUGGUGAAGAGAAUUUGCUACCCCAGCCAUUGGAAGCUGAGUUGAGCUGGGUUAUUAGGUGUACCUGGAAGAUGUGCCAACUUGCUCCUAUUAAUUUAAGCAUUAACACAUCACAGUAGGAGCAGUGUAAGUACAUGUUCCUUUCCCAUUCUGUAGGAAAGGGAUUUUAGGCUGUGGAGCAGAUUGGCCACCUUCUUUUUGCAUGGAAUGAUGGAGUGAGUUUUCCUACUGGAGAAAAUCAUGAUUGUGUGUUCUCCAGAAACUGUUCAAGAGGAGAAUUUUCUAAUGAAACAGACCUAAUGCAUCCCUGCUUCUAUAGGGACAUGGCCAUGUGUCUGCAAAGUCUGGAUUUGUAACUUUUUUCCUUUUGUUACAUAGGAACGCUAUAAACCAAACCCUUCUGAAACCCCGGUGCAUCAAUUUGUGAUUAGCAAUAAAAUGUAGUAUUGAGUAGUGAUACAACUCUUGAUCAGAAAAGAAAUAAACUGCAACUUUUAUACAGUAAAUCUUUAUCCCUACAUUUUUAUAGGGUCAGGAGGAUAAGCAGCCAAGAUUUGCACAAUCACUGUUUUACACUGCUUUACAGAGGUAAUCUGUCCUACUUUUGUGGUGGAAUACCUUGUUCAUCAGUAUUGGAAGGCUUAAACAGAUUCUGAAAGGAGAUAAUGGCUUUCUUCUGCAGUUUUUGGUUUGUUUUAUUUUGGUUUUUGUUUUUUCCCUUUUGCCAUGUCUAAAACCCCUGGUCUCAGGGUAUUAAAUGUUUUUCUGAUGAAUGGGAUAGUUGGCUUGAUAAAACCAGGUCUCUUAAUACCCGAGUCUGGUCGCUGUAGUUAAUCUGGUCCAGGCAAUAGGAACAAAAUUGCACUUUGAUAUCUGAGCUUGUAUGUAAGCCUCUGAAGUGAUGUGCUGUGAGCAAAUGUGGAGAAGAGCUGGCAGGGCCUUAACAAACUUGCCUUUGUUUUGUCAGAGUUAACUUGGUAUUAACUUCUCAUAGGAUGAACACUACCUGCGUGUUACUGAAAAACAUACUUCUUGUCUCAAUCUGCCACUCUCCCUCCAGAGAAAAGGUGCCUGCAUCCAGACUUUGUCCCCAAACUGCUAUAGAACUUGAGUGCACAUUUUAGGUGUCACAUGCUAUGCUACCUGUGCUGCAAACACCUGGCUCAACAGCUUCAUCCUAAAACGAUGACGUCGUAAGAAACAGCUGGAUUUGUUUGGUGGUUUGGUGUUCUUCCUUGGGUUGGUUCUUGGAGCUGCUCUGUACAGGGCCAAAAGUUGGAUUUUAUUGAUUCUUUGGUAUCCUUUACAACUCAGGAUGUUCUGUUGUUCACCUGCAGCAGAUUUUGCCACUCAUCUCUGACAGUAUUUAGUGACUUUUAAGAGCUCCUACACAUAGUAUUUGUUCUAGAACAGAAGCUUUGUUAUCAGUUUCUGUCAUGUUUUCUGCAGGUGCCAGAUUUGCUCUUGUUGACAGUUGCACAGCUGACUGCACUGUGUUGGAAACCACUGCCAUCCUGUACUCUGAGACAAAGGGCCUUCCCAAUUUUCCUGUCAGUUCUUGUGCUGCAGCUUUCAGAUGUGAGCACUCUAUUUCCUGUUGCAGGGACUAAACUGCAUUUUGGCUUCUCUUUGAACUUAAAAUCAGUGACCCUGAUGUUUGAGGGGACUUUAUUAUCGACUUUGCAAAAGCACUUUGAUUUAUGGUUUGAAGUAUGUUUGCUAGAGAUAGCAAUAAAAGCUCUGUAGAGAGCAGCUGUCUCAACAGUACACAGGCUUUCCAUUACCAAGACUUUUAUCAUGUCUGAUAAUUUUCUCCAGUGGUUGUGUUUUUUUUCAAAGUGUGUUUAUCACUUCUCCAGCAUCAUUCCAGUGAGAGUGAGGGGCUGCCAGAUUAUCAGCUAGUCAGGUGUUCUUGAAUAUGUUCAGUACAAAAUCAUGCUCAGUGUGCGCUCUGGUGACCCUUUGGUCCAUUGCACGUGGUGCUGCAGGCAGUAGACCUCUUCACUUUUCAUGAAGCUUCCAUCUGUGACUGGUUCAGGUUGGACCCACAAGGAGCAAUUUUUGUAUGAACAAAUAGCGGCUUGCCCUUAAUUCAGGACGAUCUUCACAAGUCAGUGAUAAUUUUCAUAAGAUUUUAAAAGGUGACUAUAUUCUUUGUAAGGCACCCGCUUGCAGUAACAUUUCUGCCUCUGGCUGGACUUCUAGGAGACCGCUUUUCUAUCAGCAGACUUCUCAGAUGACCAGAGGCAGAACUGUCAGUAGUGUGACCCAUUCUCCUUGCUGCUUCUCUCUCUGGUGUUUUGAGCUGGGUUGCAUUGAUUCUGCACUGUUUGAGGAGCAUAGUCACUUAUCCUAAGGCUUCCAGUGCAUCUCUGUUCUUCCAUUCUUUAACUGGGCUCCUGUUGUCUGACAUGUCUGCAGUUAUGCGUGUUUUUAAAUGAAAUGUGGGGUGAAAUCAAGACUGUAUGUUGUUUUCAGUUUCCUCAAGAAAUAAAUCUAAUUUUAAAAAAGACAGUUUGUAAACUAAUUUAGGAGCUGAAGCAAUGGAACUUGGAAAUUCUCAUCAUGCUUCUAAUUUUUCUAUUAGCAUUAUGCUUUUCUAAUAUUCGUCUCCUUAAUGCCUAUCUAGUGAAUUCUCAGGUGUCUUUCAGAGACUUAAGUGGAGGUCUGUCAUUUAAGGACUCAGUCCAGCUUGGCUGUUUAACUAGAACAGGGGUGGAACCACAGAAUCCUCUCUCAUUGAAAUACAGAGCUGAGACAUCUGCAGCAAGAACCUUAGGUUCCCUGUGUAGCUGAGAGUGCCAGAAGAGGAGUCAUCAGAAAAUCUUACCUGGGCGCAGUCUCAGACUGCUCUGUUCUUUACUUUGGGGUUGACUCUUGAAUUUCACAGUGCUGGUUAAGACCUGCUGAAUUGGCAGUCGAGGAAAGAAGAUUCUUCUACUUUAGCUCAGGGCUUUUUGUUACUGAUACACCAAGUGACCUUGAGGAAUUUCCUUAUUGUAGGGUUAUUUCAGUUCAUAUCUUUGAAAUGUAAUGUGCCAGCUUUUCUGGAGCCAGCUUUUGUAGUUUGGGGAAAAUUAUAAUGGCUCCUUUUCCCUGACAACUUUGUAGAUACUGCAUAAAGAUACUUCCAGUGUGAGCAUUUAGAUUAGUGUAAAGUGUAUAGUAUUUUCAGUUGAACACGAGCAAAGAUGAUGUUGUAUUGCUAAAAGUCAAAAUAAGCCUUUUUCCUCUUUUCCCAUAAUCAGUCUCCAUUUUUCCAUGUUGCUGUUAGGGCCGUUGAAUAGCUUUAGAUUUCUCCCUUGGAUGAAUGAAGAGUACAACACUUCAGGUGGCAUUUGUUGCUUGGUUCCAGUAAUGAACAUAGCUGAAGGUGUGUAUCUGCAGUUUCCUUUGACCUCACCAGAAUGAUCACCAGAGGAGUGGGAAACAAUCACCUGAUUGCUGUCUUUUGAUGAAGCUGUGGCAGAUCCAUGCAGAAGCACUGCCACGGCCUCCUUGCUGCAGCAUGAGUAAUGUGACAACACCAGCAUCAAAACAGUUCUGACAGCACCUAGCAAAUGAGGGAAGUGUGUGGGAGGGUACUGGAAAAAGAUUUAAAUUGUAUAGUAUGCAUCUUAAUUUUGAAACAAAACUGAGUGAGGUAGGAGAGCCUGAGAAGAGGUGUCUUUGGCCUGGAAUUCUGCAUUUAGGAAACGUUCUCACUGUUAUGAAUGGUUCUAGUGGGCUGUGAACACCUUCAGUACACAAUGCAGGAGAGAAAUGAAACAGGCCUGCUGCU